AUGUUCGGCCACCGACCCGUCCGCGGCCUCUUCGUGGUCUGGCUGCUCUGCGGCGUGUUCCAGCCCGUCUCCGUGUCCCCGCCGUCUUUCCGCUCUUUGGCGGCUUCUGCAUCUCGCGCAACGUCUGACCGCUAUACUGCCACGGGAUCCAAUGCACCCAACAAGAACAUCGUCAGCCAGGCUGACGACUACUCGGCGAACCGUUCGAUGCGUGCCAAGCGGGCUUGUCUCGGCAAGGAACCGUUUGCCUGCGUGGCGAAGAGCAUAAUCGAUGGCCUUCCCGCUGGUGCUGCGAGCAAGAAGAGCAGCAUCUCAGACGAAGGGUGCGAGCAUUGCCCCUUGGAGGAGUGCCAACUGAUCGCCGGAUCAUUGAUCGAUGAUGGCCAGCUCGUGCUAACCACCACGCCGAACAUACGCGCCGUGGCCAAAUGUACCCCAAAGGAUGAUACUUGCGGCAAUACCGACUCUGCCACUUGCCUGAAGCCCGUCUCGUUCGUUACAGCUGGCCAUGAAGCCGAUCACCGUACGUCGCCGAUAAGAUCGUCAUUACACUCGACUACCACGUCCCAAUGCGAGCCCGGCUUCAUGGUCCCAACGAUCGCCAGCGACAUCGGCUGUGUCCCAAGUUUGCACCAGGCCGCCGGUCUAUCUCCGGAUGACCCAGAAGUGUUCCCUGAUGAUGUCAAGGAUUUGGAAAAGAUCCAGUUUUGUGCGAAGUUAACGCAGCUUCCCAACCCGCUCAAUUGUGUGCCGCGUCCGCUGAAGGGUUUCACUCUGGCCGCCGGGCUGCCCAAGAGCGUCGCCCCUGCUGCCGAGACCCCGUGCCUCUACCCCGCCCGAGGAGCCAAGAAGACGGAGGAUUGUGUCCUCAUGGACCUACUUAUCCCACCUACUGACACUCAAAAGGAACCAUUAAUAAUACCUGGUGAUCGAAACGGGAUCGGCCCGUACGCCACGCUGCAGUCGACCACCGACAACUUGGCGCGGAAAUGGACGCCGUGGGAGGAGCCGCAUCGAAUGUUCCCUCGUUGCAUCGACAUCAGCGACGUUGUGGGGCUGACGCAGCCGCACGUCGAUGAAGUCCAGAAAGACUUCUUCUUGAACUGCGAAACAAACCCCUACUACCAGAAGGCCGUGACGACGGGUAACGCGGCGCAGAUGGCCGCCCUCAAGAUCGAACCCACCAAGUGUGACACGAUGCGAAGUAGCCGUAGGCUUUUCUGUCGCUGGCUCGAUUUCGCCAGCACGACUGCGGUUCCGGCUGAGGAGAGUCCGGACCUCGCCCGCCAAAUCUUUGCCUACCCACUCUGGAUCAUCUACGAUGCUGUACUCCUUGCCGCCGUGGUGUUUGUCUUCAUCUUCUACAGCGUGCACGGUUGCCGCCAAUGGCGCAAAAUUGUUGUCGAAAAUCGCAAUUGGCGACGACUCAACGACCCGAGGCUGAAGCCCGGGACGCCUGAAGCGCUUGCGGCCAUGGACAAGUUUGUGAAGGAUGCGUGUGAGCUCGGGCCUUACGGCGUCAUCCGCCAGUAUAACAAAAAAUGCGACUUCGAUCCACAACUGGAAGCCACCGAAUUCGCCAAGCAUCCCGAGAAGAACCGUAACCUGCUGAUUCCUUGCCCUGAUGCUACUCGUGUCCGGCUGCAAAAUUUGAAAGCCGGGGCCUCCGACUACAUCAAUGCAAACAUCUUUAAGCUACCCGGGUGCCCGGUCAACUGGGUUACCACGCAGGCACCAUUGCCCGAGACUCGGGGCGAUUUUUGCAAGAUGCUCGAGACGCUGGCGGUGGGAAUGCCGGGUAUAACGGAGAAGAGCGAGACACCGUCGGUGUUCUGCCUCAACAAUUUCGAUCCCGUGGAAAACGGGGCCAACUAUUGGCCGCAGCCGGGCCUCCCCGGAGUCAUCACGCGCGACACCAAUCAGUGCCGCUUUGGUGACUUCAUGCCGUACCAGCAACAUAUGACAAACAAAGGCGGUGUCCGCACCUACACCUGCCAGAACCAGCCGGUCCAGGAGGGGGAGGGCGGAUACCGCACCGAGAUUUCUCGGCCCCACUUCGUCCACCCAUCCUGUCCAGAGGACAUCGGCGGCAAGGCGCGUGCGAUGGCUCGUCUCACAUCCCACGGCCGGCAGGAAGACAUUAAUUGCUUCUUCGUGGUCCAAUGCUCGUCGGGUGCCGCCUGGUCGGCCGUCUUCAUCAUGAUGCGCGUCAUCCUGUCUCGCCUGCUCGUCGGCACUGAAGUUGAGGUGCUCGGUUUGUGGCAUGAGCUGCGCAGCGUUCGCCCGGACGCCAUCACGCAGCCCGAUCAGUACAUGGUCGUCUACAUGUCGGUGCUGGAGUACAUCAAGGCCCGAGUGCCGGAGCACAAGGACAGGAUCGACGGGUUCCUCGCCGACGUCAAGGGGGCCAUGGAACCUCCCAAG